AUGGGCUUGUUUGGCGCGUGGGCUUUGUGCCUAUCUCUACUGCCCCUCUCCCUUGCCCAAGAUUGCAAUCGCGAAUUCUACAUUACUAGCCAGGCUGAUGCGGACAGUGUCGGACGAGACUGCCCAAUAGUAAACAGCAGUGUGCUCAUAAACGGAUCGUACACGGGCUCUCUGGUUCUGAACAGUGUACGCAAUAUCACGGGGACCCUUAAGGCUGUUUGGCCGGAUUCGACCAGCCCCCAGCCCAUGUCGGUUGAACUGCCGGAUCUUGAAUAUGUGAACGGGAUCGACUUCCCCGCGUUGACAGCAUCCAGGUUUUCCGCUCCGAUGCUAGAGACAGCCAACUAUAUGUAUCUGGGACAGGCAGCGCCCGGAAAUGGCCUCUCAAUCUGCAGUAUCGACGGCUGCGCGGAGGAAGAGCCCUACAGUGCAAUGACCAGCGUCAUGAAUCUGACGCUCUCAUCUCUAACUUCGGUCGGCCGAUUUAAGCUUGCUGUGAAGACAGAAAGGUUUGCCCUUCGUUACUCGGAUGGCGCUGAAUCCUGA